CUGGGCUGGGGCGUCCGGGAAGCGGAAGGAGCCCGUCUAGGAAACCGCGGUGUGCGUGGUGCUGAGGCUGGCGCGAGAGGCUCAAUUUCAGGCGGCAGAGCUCAACUUCGCCGCCCGCGGGCUGCGUCGCGCUGCGGACGCUGGGCUCCGCUCCUUUCGCAGCUGGGAGGAGUUGAGGCUGCGAGUUGGCGAACUUCACUCACCUGUCGGAACCUGAAUCCGGACAGGGAGCUGGGCCUGGCGGCCACUCCGCCCAUCGCCUUCCCCGCGCCGGGACGCCACGGCCAGGCAGAAAGGUGUGGGGGCCGCUCCCCGAAACUCGAGACGCCUGGGCUCCGCGCCCCAGCUCCCUGCUCACCUCUUUCGCCCCCAGGCGCCCUCGGCUUGGCGUGCCCCGAAGGCCAGCUCGGGCAGACGCCAGGGCUGCGGAUUCGAGAAGCUCCGCCUCCUUCUGCCACUUAGAGCCACGGGGGCCCCCAGGAACUUUUCCGUUCGGUCUUAGGAGGCGAUCACUGCCGAGGUUUUCAGAACUUUGUAGGAAAGGGCCAGCCAAGGACCUCUGCCUCCAACCCACGCCUUGCCUGCCACCUGCCUGGGACACCCCCAGGCCGGGAGAUCCCGCUCCCCACCAUCCCCGGCAGCGACGCCCCAACUUUUCACGAGCGGUCUGCGCUCCCUGACUGUCACGCUCCUGUGCCAAGGGGCGCGCUGAUCUUCCGGGGGCCGGCAACGCUCUGUCCCUCGGCUCGCCCUCCUCCUCCCCCGAGCGAGCUUGGGGCUGGGUGAGCCCAGAUCUGCGGUGCACUUGAGCGUUCCCAGAGCUCCGAAUUCGCUCCCGCCCCGGAGCCGACCCUUCGAGGAGGGAUUGAGCCCUAGUGGUCCCGGCCUUUUACUCCGAAACUCGAGUCGCCCCCCCACCCCCCGUCUUUUCCCUCCGACCUCGGGUGCCGUCGCGGACCGGCCGGGAGAGCGGCCGGCGUAGCCCGUCGGGGGCUGCGCGCACCAUGGCCGGCUGCUGCUGCCUGUCCGCGGAGGAGAAGGAGUCGCAGCGCAUCAGCGCCGAGAUCGAGCGGCAGCUUCGCCGGGACAAGAAGGACGCGCGCCGCGAGCUCAAGCUGCUGUUGCUGGGAACUGGAGAAAGUGGCAAAAGCACCUUUAUCAAGCAAAUGAGAAUCAUCCAUGGGUCCGGUUACAGCGACGAAGACAGAAAGGGGUUCACGAAGCUAGUUUACCAAAACAUAUUCACCGCCAUGCAAGCCAUGAUCAGAGCCAUGGAUACCCUGAGGAUACAGUACGUGUGUGAACAGAAUAAGGAAAAUGCCCAGCUGAUCAGAGAAGUGGACGUAGACAAGGUCUCCGCUCUCUCCAGGGACCAGGUGGAGGCCAUCAAGCAGCUCUGGCAGGACCCGGGAAUCCAGGAAUGUUAUGACAGGAGGAGGGAAUACCAGCUGUCAGACUCUGCCAGAUAUUACCUGACUGACAUUGACCGGAUCGCCAUGCCAUCGUUCGUGCCAACGCAGCAAGACGUGCUUCGCGUCCGAGUGCCCACAACCGGCAUCAUUGAGUACCCAUUUGAUUUGGAAAACAUCAUCUUUCGGAUGGUGGAUGUUGGUGGCCAACGAUCUGAAAGACGGAAAUGGAUUCACUGCUUUGAGAGUGUCACCUCCAUUAUUUUUUUGGUUGCUCUGAGUGAAUACGACCAGGUCCUGGCUGAGUGUGACAAUGAGAACCGCAUGGAAGAAAGCAAAGCCUUAUUUAAAACCAUCAUCACCUACCCCUGGUUUCUGAACUCAUCGGUGAUUUUGUUUUUAAACAAGAAGGAUCUUUUGGAAGAGAAAAUCAUGUACUCUCAUCUAAUUAGCUAUUUUCCAGAAUACACCGGACCAAAGCAAGAUGUCAAAGCUGCCAGAGACUUUAUCCUGAAGCUCUAUCAAGAUCAGAAUCCUGACAAAGAGAAAGUCAUCUAUUCCCACUUCACAUGUGCUACAGACACAGAGAAUAUCCGCUUUGUGUUUGCUGCUGUGAAAGACACAAUUCUACAACUAAACCUGAGAGAAUUCAACCUAGUUUAAAAGCUGCUGCCCACUCCUCACCCAGGCCAGAAAACCGGAUUUGCAAGCUCCUCGUGUUUUUAUUUGUAAGUGCUUCUGACAUCACCCGGCCCAGCCCAGAGGUGGCACCAAGUCCAUCAUGCCGGCUACAGGGAUGGGGAUGGGUGAUGCAGCAGAGCUUGUAAGAUAUUUGAGUUUAGCAAAACUUUUUCAAAGUCUUUAUUCCCAAAUUGUUUUUACAUUUCUUUUCUUGACUUUAGACUGUAAGAUUUUUGUGUAAUUUUUGAAUUUGAUAUUUUAUAGAAUUUUUAAGAACCACUGUGAUUUACGAUUUUGUUUUUUUUAAUUGAAGUGUAUGUAAGAAUAGCCAUUAAAAAAAAAUCACAUAACAGAGGACUCAAUUUAUAGGUCAUGCUUUGAGACCUCUAGGAUUAUCCUUUUUUUACCUAAAUCUUGUAAUUGAGUGUUUUUCUCUCUUCAUGCUGAAGUAUGCCUUUAACAUGCAACCAGAGACUUUUUUUUAAAAACAGUUGGUUCUUCUUUAUGUUAACUUUCUAAGUCAAAUUAAUGACAGUAUCAGUACCUCUAAUUUAGUUUUGCCACAAUUUGAUCACUAUGGAACCAAAGUUGACAUAAGAAGAUAAAUGGGCUCUAGAUAGUAUAUAUGUUGUAUUGGUGAAAAAUGUGUGUGUGUGUGUGUAUAUAUAUAUAUAUAUAUAUAUGUGUG